AUGUGUGGCGGGCGGGCGUCGCCAAAUGGGGUCAAGAAGGCAUAUCACAACGGCGCCCUGGUACGCACUCCAAACCGAUACGAACGAUUGGACGCAUCUUGGCGGACGCGUGUGUGUGUGUGCAGAAAACCCACACGGACAAGGGGGGUGGCAAGGAGAACUUCCAGGCCUUGAACGAGGCCUACACCGUCAUCAAGAAGGACCUCGAGCAACUGAGGGAUGGCGACCCGUCUGACCCGGUACACCAAGAGCACAGCACCAUCACGCUGCCGCAUGUACGUGUGUGCGUUCGUUCGGUCGGUCAGAUUAUCAAGUGGCGCCGCGAGAGGAGGGAGAGGUACCAGCAGGUGACCCCGCCACAUACCCACACCCACACGCAUUCACACGCCUUCACACUAACUCAGCGGAAGGCGGCCGCCGCGGAGAGGGAGAAGGAGCUCAAGCGCAUCGGACAGGAGCUCGAGGAGUUGCAACACCGUCGUCUGCUAAGGCGGCAGCACAUCCAGACCAUGCUCAGCGAGACAAACAACUCUGACAGCGCCACCACAGACGCCGUCCACCCGCCACACCCAGCACUCGCCCGACAGCGAUCAGGACGAGACUGACGAGACUGACGAGACGACCAUCCGGCUGCCGGUGGGAGUCGAGGGCGCGCUGCACCUGGUGGCCGACCAGGGCGAGGCGGCUCAGGGGAUGUGGGAGGGGAGGGAGGGAGGUCAAGAUAGAGGGGGAUGGGAAAGGGAGAAAAGGGUGCUGGGGCUGGUUCGCGCUGCCCAACCCCUUUGCAUGGUGCAUGUCCGGCUGCCUCGUGUAAUGCAUCACACAAUCCACCCACACACAACCAGC